AUGAUGAUGUCUUCUUCUGGGGUAAACCAUAAAAAUUCUUUAAUUCCACUGGAGGAGAUCCUCUCGGCCACCCGAAACUUCAAUUCAGAAAAUCUGAUAAGAGAGGGUCAAUUUAGCAAGGUCUACAGGGGAAUACUCUCUGGACAAUGGCAAUACCGGAGAGUUGCCAUCAAACGCUUUAAUAAAUAUGAUGACUACCAGCCGGACACACUCGAAAAUGAGCUUGAAAUGGUUUCUAGCCUCAACCAUGAAAACAUCAUCCCUUAUAUUGGUAAUUAUUGUAAUGGGAAAGAGAUGAUUCUAGUUUCUGAAUAUGCUGAGAAUGGAAGCCUUGAUCAUUAUCUCCGCGACAACAUGAAUAGACCUCGCCUAACAUGGGCACAACGUCUGAAGAUUUGCCUAGGGGCUGCAAGAGCUCUUAAAUACCUUCACUCUGGUCUUGGGGAUUACAAAAGAGUGAUACACAGAGACUUUAAAAGCCAAAACAUAUUGUUAGAUAAAAAUCUUGAAGCAAAAAUUUGUGGUUUUGAUUUCUCAAUGUUAAUCGACCCAAAGCAGCCAAUAGUCUAUCAACAUCCUAUGGCUACACUAUCAUACUUGGAUCCUGUUUACCAUGAAAGUGGUAUCGUCAACACAGAAUCAGACGUUUAUUCGUUAGGGGUGGUACUAUUUGAAAUGUUGAAUGGGAUGUUGGCUUCUAAUGGGAAUGACAUCAGUUAUGUUCACCCACAAACACUCAUAAAUUUGGUCCGAAACUGCUACGACGAUGGACUGGACAAAUUAAUUGCUUCUAAUGAAAGAAAUCAAUUUGACAUUCGUUCUUUCCAUUUGUUUAAGGAAAUUGCAUAUAAAUGCAUUAGUUUGAAAUUAGAGGAACGCCCAACCAUGGGCAUGAUCGUCGACAUGUUUAAACAAGCACUGGCUAUUGAAAACCAAAUAGCUGCGUCUACCAUUAUCGCACUAAGCCAGCCAUAUCAAAGUCAAGAGAGUUUUCUGAUUCCACCAGAAGAGAUCAGGCUGGCAACAGGAUACUUCGGUCCUGAAUCUGUGAUUACACCUAUGAGGCCCGGUAAAUAUCAUGUGGCCCACGUAGGACAACUGUCAGAAGGGUGGCAAAACCGAAAAGCUAUAUUCAGAUGGUUCUUUCAUGAUGAUAUGCCAUUGUUUUAUAAUGAGGUUCAAAUGGUUCACAGAUUCCAGAAUGAAAACGUCAUCUCUUUUAUCGGCUACUGUAUCCACCACAACAAUUUAUUUUUAGUGAACGAAUACGCCAUCAAUGGAAGCCUUUAUGAUCAUCUACGUGACCCUAUUAAGAGGGGUUCCUUAACAUGGGAAAAACGACUCGAAAUUUGCAUAGGCGCUGCAAGAGGAAUCAAGUACCUUCACUCAGGUCUGGGGGAGCAAACUAGAGUAAUACACAGAGAUGUGAAGAGUGCAAGGAUAUUAUUAGCUGACAAAAUGGAAGCAAAAAUUAGUGGAUUUGGUUUGUCAGUAUUAAUCGACCCAUAUCAGCCACAAGUCUACAGAUUAGUUGAGGGUACCGAAAGUUACAUGGAUCCCGUUUAUAGUGACAGUGGCAUCGUCAGAACAGAAUCAGACAUUUACUCGUUUGGAGUAGUAAUGUUUGAAAUGUUGAGUGGCAUGUUGGCCCAUGAAGAAAGGAGCAUUGGUAAUGCUCCACCACAAAGACUCAUAAAUUUGGUCCGAUUCUAUGAUGAUGGCCGACUGGACAACUUAUUUGAUCCUGUUAUAAGAGAUGAAAGCAAUAUUGAUUCCAUCAAGGCGUUUAAGAAAAUUGCAUACAGAUGUAUCAGUUUGAACAUAAGAGAUCGGCCUACCAUGAACAGGAUCGUGAGCAGGAUUGAGGAAGCACGAGACAUUCAACACAGAGCAGCUUCUUCCAUUACCAGACGAAGCCGAACAUUAGAAAGUUAUCUAAUUCCAUUAAAGGAGAUCAUGUUGGCAACAAAAGACUUCAGUCGUGAUAAUUGGAGAGGAGAAGGUGGCUUUGGCAAUAUCUACGAAGGACAUCUUUCUGAACGCUGGCACAAUUGCACCGUUGCCAUAAAAACCCAUGAUACCCAAGGUUACCAAGGAUAUGACGAGUUCCAUACUGAGCUUAAAUGUAUUUCUAGCUUCUUCCAUGAAAACAUCAUCCCUUUCGUCGGUUAUUGUGAUGAAGACAAUCAUAUGAUUAUUGUUACCGAGUAUGCUAGCAAUCAAAGCCUUGAUCAUCAUCUCCGGGACCUACAUAAGAGGAAUUGUCUUACAUGGGCACACCGCCUCAAGAUCUGCUUAGGAGCAGCAAGGGGACUCGGCUACCUUCACUCAAACGGAGUAAUACACAGAGACAUCAAGAGCGGGAACAUAUUGUUAGACAAAAAUAUGGAAGCCAAAAUUUGUGACUUUGGUUUGUCAAAAAAGAACUUUAAAAAUCAGCAAGGUACCCACAUCUAUACUAAUCCUGCAGGUACCAACUUUUACUUGGACCCUUUUUACCGAGAAAGCGGCAUUCUCCGUAGAGUGUCGGACGUAUACUCAUUUGGUGUAGUAUUGUUUGAAAUCUUGAGUGGGAUUAUGGCUUAUGAAAUGAGGAGCAUAGGAAAUGGUAAGCCAAAACGUCUGAUGAAUUUGGUCAGACAAUUAUAUGAUAACAAACUGGAAACGUUACUUGAUCCCUGUAUAGCAAAUCAAAUUGAUAGUCGUUCUUUUCAUACCUUUAAAGAAGUUGCAUACAAGUGCAUAAGCCACAUUCCCCAGGAACGUCCAACAAUGGACAUAAUCAUCGAGAGAAUUGAGGAUGCAAUGGAUUUUCAAGAAAAAUCAUAGUUGACGAAGAAAAGGAAAAGAAUGUUACAAAAUGGUGUUCAUAGGGCCCAAGUUCGAAAUGAUGCCGAAAACUGAAGAAACACGACGCGCCAAUCACAUACACGCGCAUCAUCAUAGUUGAAGAAUUCGGCGAUAACAUAUUCUUUGAAGAAUGAGUCGUGACAUACAACCUCAUGCAGCAUGUAAUGUGUGUGUGAUUUUUCAACCUUUAUUUAGAGAAUAAUCAUUCUACACUGUUCACGACUCGUUAAUUGUGAUUUUUCAGCUUUA